AUGAUACAAAAUGCUUUAUUGAAAGAACGUCGUGAAACAUUUCGUUCUAAUGAAACGAAUUCUGAUAGUUUAUCAUCAAGUUCAUUAACAUCAGUUCAAAGCAUUACAAAAACUUCAGCAAAUGUUUUCGAAUGGAAGAUAUCCGUAAUGAAUAGUCCAAAAGUUCCAGAAUUAAUUAUUUUACCAGUUUAUUCAACAUUACCUAAUGAAAUGCAAACAAAAAUUUUCGAUCCAGCAUCAUCCGAUUCACGAAAAGGAAAAGUAGAACAAGCUGAAGGUAGUCAUUUAACAUUACUUGCUGUUUAUAAUACAUGA